AUGUCCCAACCAUUCUCGGACGCGGACAUCGAAGAAGAGCAAAAACACUUUUCGAACGUCGUCACAACAUUUCAGCAAUAUGCCCAAUAUUCGGCAACAGCCAACAACAGGCGACGAAAAGACAUAUACAUACUUCCUCAGGGUGACAAAGAACUUCUCGAUAGCCUUGGAUACCGACAAAAACUUCAGGAAGUGGAUAAAGCCAUUCUCGCCAAUGCAGAAUUCUUGAAGCUUGUUGUUGCAAACCCCGAGAUCUUUGGCCACGAUCUGGACUCUCCUGAAGAUGCAGAUGAGGGCAAGGCUGGUUCACGGGCUCUACAUGAUCAUUCGCAUGGUUUGUACAUGCACGAGAAAGAAUCCGAUUGGUGCCUAACAAGUGUCAAUGACAUGCAGGUGACGUGCAUUCACAUUCAUCAUACUCACCCGCAUCACCGCCAUAGCCACUCGCAUGACCAUGCAAAUUCCACCCCAGAUCCCAGAGUUGUCAGUAAUCAUCGAGGAAAGUAUAAACCUACGGACUUUGACAUGGACAAGUUGCGGAGCACUCUGAAGCAAUUUGUACGAGACUGGAGUGAGGAGGGUAAAGAGGAGCGGGAAACGUGUUAUACGCCGAUGAAAGACGCCCUUGUUGCACAUUUCUCGGACCAGCCACCAGAGUCAAGACAAAACAUCCGGGUACUCGUCCCUGGUGCUGGCCUCGGCCGGUUGGCUUAUGAUGUUGCAAAUUUAGGGUUCGCAUGUCAGGGAAAUGAAUUCUCUCACUACAUGCUUCUAGCAUCUUACCUUAUUUUAAACAGGACCGACGCAAUUGGACAAUACACCAUAUACCCUUACAUCCAUUCUUUCUCCAACCUUCCUAACCGUGAAGCAAUGUUGCGUCCAGUGAAGAUACCUGAUGUCCUUCCCUCGGCCCUACCAGCGGGGUCGAAUUUCUCCUUGGUUGCGGGCGAUUUCGAAGAGAUUUAUGGAGCCGAAUACGAGGAAGACGAUUUAGAACUACAGGCGGGGCAAUGGGACGCUGUUCUGACUUGUUUCUUUAUUGACACCGCAAAGAAUAUUGUCAACUACCUUCGUAUAAUUCACCGGAUAUUAGCACCUGGUGGAGUGUGGAUUAACAUGGGCCCAUUGCUCUGGCACUUCGAAAAUAAUGCGACCAACGACCCUUCCGUCGAACUUGAUCUCGGAGAAGUCAAAACGUUGGCUCAAAAGAUCGGCUUCGUGAUAUCUAAUGAGCGAACUAUAGAUACGACAUAUACACGUAAUUCCCAGUCUAUGCUGGGAUACGUUUACAGAACUGCUUUCUGGACGGCGACGAAAGCUUAA